AUGGUGGAAGCUGCCACAUCCGGUGGUGAUGUAAGGAGGUUGCUGUCUGCAGACUGGGGAGUCGAAGAGGGGGAGGCCUCGGACUUCUCGCUGGCCUGGGAUUCCUCCGUGACAGCCUCAGGAGGCCUGGACGGAGAGCCCGAGUGUGAGCAGAAGGCCGGCCGGGCGCUGGAGGACAGGAACAGCGUGACCAGCCAGGAGGAGAGAAAUGAGGACGAUGAUGACAUGGAGGAUGAGUCCCUCUACACCUGCGAUCACUGCCAGCAGGACUUCGAGUCGCUGGCGGACCUGACGGACCACCGGGCCCACCGCUGUCCUGGAGAUGCUGACGACGACCCACAGCUCUCCUGGGUGGCCUCGUCUCCCUCCAGCAAGGAUGUGGCGUCCCCCACGCAGAUGAUCGGGGAUGGCUGCGACCUGGGCCUGGGCGAGGAGGAAGGGGGCACGGGCCUGCCGUACCCGUGCCAGUUCUGCGACAAGUCCUUCAUCCGCCUGAGCUACCUGAAGCGGCACGAGCAGAUCCACAGCGACAAGCUGCCGUUCAAGUGCACCUACUGCAGCCGCCUCUUCAAGCACAAGCGCAGCCGCGACCGCCACAUCAAGCUGCACACGGGCGACAAGAAGUACCACUGCCACGAGUGCGAGGCCGCCUUCUCCCGCAGCGACCACCUCAAGAUCCACCUGAAGACGCACAGCUCCAGCAAGCCCUUCAAGUGCUCGGUGUGCAAGCGCGGCUUCUCGUCCACCAGCUCGCUGCAGAGCCACAUGCAGGCGCACAAGAAGAACAAGGAGCACCUGGCCAAGUGCGAGAAGGAAGCCCGCAAGGACGACUUCAUGUGCGACUACUGCGAGGACACCUUCAGCCAGACGGAGGCGCUGGAGAAGCACGUGCUCACGCGGCACCCGCAGCUCUCCGAGAAGGCCGACCUGCAGUGCAUCCACUGCCCCGAGGCCUUCGGCGACGAGGGCGCGCUGCUCGCCCACAUCCACCAGGCCCACGCCCACCAGAAGCACAAGUGCCCCAUGUGCCCCGAGCAGUUCUCCUCCGUGGAGGGCGUCUACUGCCACCUGGACAGCCACCGGCAGCCCGACUCCAGCAACCACAGCGCCAGCCCCGACCCCGUGCUGGGCAGCGUGGCCUCCAUGAGCAGCGCCACGCCCGACUCCAGCGCCUCGGUGGAGCGCGGCUCCACCCCGGACUCCACCCUGAAGCCGCUGCGGGGCUCCAAGAAGAUGCGGGAGGACGGGCAGGGCUGGUCCAAGGUGGCGUACAGCUGCCCCUACUGCUCCAAGCGGGACUUCCCCAGCCUGGCCGUGCUGGAGAUCCACCUGAAGACCAUGCACGCCGACAAGCCGCAGCAGAGCCACACGUGCCAGAUCUGCCUGGACGCCGUGCCCACGCUGUACACGCUCAACGAGCACGUGCUCAAGCUGCACAAGAACCACGCCUCCCCCGCGCUGCCCUUCGGCGGCCUGUCCGCCUUCCACUGCAACUACUGCCCCGAGAUGUUCGCCGACAUCAACAGCCUGCAGGAGCACAUCCGCGUGUCCCACUGCGGCCCCGGCGCCAACCCGGCGGACGGCAGCAACGCCUUCUUCUGCAACCAGUGCUCCAUGGGCUUCCUGACCGAGUCCUCCCUCACCGAGCACAUCCAGCAGGCCCACUGCGGCGUGGGCGGCGCCAAGCUCGAGUCCCCCGUGGCGCGGCCCGCGCAGUCCUUCAUGGAGGUCUACUCCUGCCCCUACUGCACCAACUCGCCCAUCUUCGGCUCCAUCCUGAAGCUCACCAAGCACAUCAAGGAGAACCACAAGAACAUCCCGCUGGCCCACGGCAAGAAGUCCAAGGCAGAGCAGAGCCCCGUCUCCUCCGACGUGGAGGUGUCGUCCCCGAAGCGGCAGCGGCUGGCGCUGAGCGCCGACGCCAUCUCCAACGGCGAGUACCCCUGCAACCAGUGCGACCUCAAGUUCUCCAGCUUCGAGAGCUUCCAGACGCACCUCAAGCUGCACCUGGAGCUGCUGCUGCGGAAGCAGGCCUGCCCCCAGUGCAAGGAGGACUUCGACUCCCAGGAGUCCCUGCUGCAGCACCUGACGGUGCACUACAUGACCACGUCCACCCACUACGUGUGCGAGAGCUGCGACAAGCAGUUCUCCUCGGUGGACGACCUGCAGAAGCACCUGCUG